CAUCUGCAUAACACUGUUUGAAUCUUUAUAUAUAUAGACCAACCAAGAUCACAAGUCCUUCAUCCAUUCCAAAAUUCAUCAUAAACCUCACAAUAUUGUUCACUUGAAAAAAGAUGAGUUCGGCAAGCAGAGCUUGGAUUGUGGCAGCAAGCGUUGGGGCUGUGGAGGCACUCAAAGAUCAAGGGUUCUGUAGAUGGAACUAUGCCAUGAGAUCCAUACACCACCACGUCAAGAACAACGUGAGGGCUUACUCUCAGGCCAAGAAACUCUCUCCCUCGUCUUCCGCCGUGGUUUCGAGUAGAAUAAGAGAAGACAAGGCAAGGCAGGCAGAGGAGUCUCUCAGGAAAGUUAUGUACUUGAGCUGUUGGGGUCCCAAUUGAACCCCC